CAUUUAAACUAUAAUACAACAAUAUCUAAACAUUUUCCAAUCUGGGAGAGUGCAUUCUUGAAUUCGGCGUGGGUCUCAUACAACAGUUAUUAUGUAUUUUAAUGCAAUUUUAACUUUACCUUCGGUUUCACGCAUGAAUAGCUAGCGCCUGCUCCGCUCAGUCGCCGGAAUACGCCACAGAGGGCGGAAGUUAAAGCGUCAGUCUGUUGGGAAAAUAUAUACGCCGAAAGUUCCUCAAGAUUGUUUAAGAUGUUAAAAUAUGUGAAAGUUCAUGACACGAUAUUUGCAUGUCUCUGGGUGAUCAUGGAUGGGAUUAAUUGCCCGAUUUUUUGAACGGAGUUUGGUUGCUACGACUCCGGGCUAAACUGAUUCCAGACCAGCUAAGUGUAGCUAGCUUUACCCGGGAGCCUUGAAUGUUGAGCUCGGAGCAGCAGUUGGUGGAUGCGGAGAGCUGGACACGGAUUAAACCGAAAAGAAGUGAAAAUGAUGGAGUUCAUGCUGGAUGACUUUCUGUCUCCGGAGUCGACCGUCACCUCCCUGCUGUCGAGCUCAGGCCACCUGAGGAGCAGCCUGAGGCCUCCUGAGCACAACACCACCGUCAGAUACAGAGACAAGAACUACGAUUCGGCCUCGGCGGCCCUGGACGCCUACAUUUCAGACUUCGAGAGGAGUCGACACGGCAGCGAGGCUUUGACGGGGACGCUGGUCCUGCAGCCGAAGCUGCCGUCCACGCCGAGGAGAGCCCGACUGGGCAUGCUCAGAAACAAAGAUGUUCUCAGGGAGCGACUGACUGACCAGGAGCUGGACUUCCUCAACCUCCCUGUCAGCUCCCUGCGUCACCGUAGCAACCGGGACAGGGUCUCCAUGACGACGGACGAGCUGCUGUCCAUCCUGAUCAGCGCUGAUCUGAGUCCCACCAACACCGACGAGCUGCUGCUCCGUCCUCCAGCCGCCCCAGACUCGGCGGCAGGAGGAGGCGUCGCAGAAGCUCUGACCGGUGAGGAGAUGGAGGACCACGGCUCCAGGGACAGCAGCAGCGUCCAGAAGCAGCCCGGUCCGGUGGAGGCUCUGAAGCAGAUGCUGUUCAGGCUGCAGUCUGUGGAGUCGGAGCUGCAGCGACGACAACAGCAGCAGCAACAGGCCUCAGCGGCUCCAGAACUACCUGAGGGCCUCAAGACACCUGAGAAACAGCGGCCCGACGUGGAGCUGCAGGGUUUUCCUGGAAGCCCUUCACUGCACAGAGCUCUGCAUCAUCUGAACCGUCUGAAGCUGCUGGUAGAAGAACCCACGGAGAACCCACGCAUGAAGGAGGAGGAGGAGGAGAAGGAUGAAGAUGAAGGACGCUACUCCUCCUCGUCUGCUGACGGACUCAUCAGCUCUCAGAGCAAACCGUCCUGAAGCUGGAGGGUUUUCAACGACAGUCGUGGUCAAACGCUACAAGGUGCAUUAACGUUGGUGAAUUCCAGAGACUCAACCGGACUGUGUUCAGAUCAGUGUUACAGUGAAGGAAGUCGAUUCACAGCCGAUGGUUCUGCUCCGACUCUGGAGGAGAUUUAUCUAAAAACACUCAGUCGACUCCUCCGUCUCAGAUCAUCAACAGUUUCUGCUCGACCGUCUCUGAUUCGCCUGAAAGUUCUAGAGCAUGAACAUAGAUGUUUAUAAAGACAUCUGUGACAUUUUACAUCAAUAUGUCACUUUUCCUUUUUGCCCGUCGACCCACUGACAGCAGGUUUGUUCUCACAUUGAAAUCUGAGUCAGUUUGAGCAACAACAUCUGAGGAACUAUUGAAGAUAAAAACAUGAUGAGAAAUAACAGAGAAGAUUUUAAUAGUUCCUCAGACGUUGUUGAUCAAACAUAAAUGCAACUUCAAAAUAAAUCUCAAAGUAUUUCAUACAUCAAGCCAAAACAAAACAGAUACCAUUUCAAAUCUCUACAGUUUAUGAUAAUAAAAACGUCAAGCUAGUCAGAGAUGGUUUACCAGAAGGUUUCUGAUGAUUUGAGAUUAAAUCAUCCAGGUGAGAAUGAAGCGUCUCAGAAAUGUAAACAUUGGACUCAGACUAAACAAGCUGACCUGAAAAGUGUCCAAAUAAUUUGUGCCAAUAUGACUUCAGGAGGUUUAACAUUUUUGAUCAGUCCC